UCAGGUCAUAGAUUCUUCGCUAUAUUUCGACCGUAGCGACGACCAUUGAUCAAGCUAUUUGUGUACAUAUAAUAUAUUGCAACUUGCAAGCAGCGAUGUAUAUUAUGUAAAAUGUAUUUGAUUGCAAGAAGUCACUAAUCAAUAAUAGUGGUUGCUAGGAUAAUUUUAAUGUAAACAAAACAGAGUAUCAAAACAAAUAUUAAUCACAUUUCCGUGGUAAAUUCUUCUCUUUGUGCAAGUGAUUUAGAUUAAAGAUAGGUACCUACUUUCCUACCUGAAAAACCGUCAUGCAUCCGCAUCUGGACAAGUUGAAAAUAUUAAUAAUUGGACCUUCUGAUAGUGGUAAGACAUGUAUAGCCAACUAUUUAUCAGAAUCCACAAACAUGGAAGAUAUAGGGAUACCCAGAGCAACGCAAGGUGUGCGAAUUGUCGAGUUUGAACUUUCCCACUUGAACGUCAACGACAAACAAUUUAAAGUUGACAUUGAAAUGUGGGACUGCAGUGGUGACCACAAGUUCGAGUCUUGUUGGCCAGCCCUUCGUCUCGGUGUCCAGGGCGUCAUAUUAGUCUGUUCGCCCAACACUGUCAAUGCAGCAGCAAGAGAGAUGGAACUACUGUAUAAUUAUUUUGCAAGCCAGGCGAAGUUGUCAGCUAAGCAAUGCGUACUAUUCUACAAUUGCGAAGACGAUCAAGAAGACUUGGAAUCAUUAAGUUUGUCUCCCACAUUUUCCAAAGUGUCGCAAGUGGCUGUUAAUUUGAAAACAGGGGGGAAUCGCUUAAAAAUCGACUUUUCCAAUUACGUCAUUUCCAUAUUACAGGCAAUAAAUAAAGUCAAUGUCAUGUAAUUUAUCACGUUUUAUUCCAGUAAGUAAUUGUUCUUACCGGUAUUUCAAAAUACUCACCUCGCCAGAGUUUCAACAUACGUGAUAUCUGAAAAACAUCCAUUCAUUUUUUCGUCUGUAACAUUAAUUUCUGUUGUUAUGAUUUCACUUUCCUUUAAAUGGAAAAGGUGCAAGUUUGCCGCUAUAACUGAAAGUAGAGGUUAGAAAAGUUGCAAAUUAAGACAGUCUGUUAAUGUAUUAAAGAUAUAUUUAUUUUAAGUUUAAGCCGUUGAGUAGGCUUUAAUCUUUAUACAACUUUUACAUUACAUAUUUUCAAAAAGACCGGAAGCCAAGUGUUUCUAUAUCUACAAAAACGUUUUAAAAUUAAUGUUACGGAUCAUAUUGCUUUCGAUUAGGACACCUUAGCUUGAUUUCUCUAAAUUAAGUUAAUUGCAAUCCUACAACUUAUUGCUAUCCUUUUUAUAAGACGGAACUAUACCUCAAAAUGUAUUUUAUGUAUGCAAGAUGAUUAUCACCAAGUUCAUGAUAGUUUGAUCAUCAUAAAAUAUAAUUAAAAUUAUUAUAAACAUAAAAACUUGAUUAUAAACCUGCACUCAGUCUUAAAACAUUUGGCUCGUAUAAUGAGUACUUUUUAAAAUGAACUUAACAAUUCAUUUGUUUCUUCUAUUAAAAAUCUAAUUAAUUUAUAUGAUUAACCUUAUCAGAAACUAUAAUAAUUAUUACCUGAUUAAUUAAU